GAGGGCGUCGCCUUUCGAUUGAUUCGUUCAGUUCCCCUCCUGAUGGAGCACCACCAAUUCACCAAAGCUCCACAGCCCGGCAGCCCGCACCCAGCCGCCGCCGUCUCUCCAAAACCCAACAAACCCUGAGUAGAUCCGCUGCCCCGUUUCCCACCCCAGCUCCGGCGAGACCCACACCCCUCCGCCAGCGAAGAUGCCGAAUCUCGAGGGCCAGAUGUACGAGCCGGCGAGCCAGGCAGCUGCGGUGGAGCCGAUCCGGAUGCCGACGGCGGAGGAGAUCAAGGGGCAGGACAUCUGGAACAACUGCGUGGUCCGCAGCGUCGUUAGUGGCGUCAUGGGAGGUGGUCUUGGUGUACUUAUGGGACUAUUCUUUGGAGCUCUGGACAAUCCAAUAAUGGCAGAGGAAAUGACAGCCAGGCAACAAAUAGUAUACACAGCAAAACAGAUGGGUAGGAGAAGUAUAAGCAAUGCCAAAACCUUUGCGGUCAUGGGCCUGAUUUUCUCAGCAGCUGAAUGUGUCAUAGAGAAGGCUCGGGCAAAGCAUGACACUACCAAUACAGCAGUAGCUGGCUGUGUCACAGGAGGAGCUUUAGCAGUAAAAGGUGGCCCUAAAGCUACAUGCAUUGGAUGUGCGGGCUUCGCUGCCUUCUCAGUGGCGAUUGAUAAGUUCUUUGAUCGGCAUACUUGAAAUGGGUGAUGUCAAAUUGAAAUGAAGCUUUCUUCAAAAAAAAUUUUUUGUAGCAGAGUAUGAGCAACAGGAGCAGAAGAACCUGAUUAUUUGCAACAUCCAGGCAUUGGCAUCUCUUAAGAGAUUUUGUAAAGUUUUUGCUAUUUUCAAUUUGUUACCUGGCUUUGUAGUUAUAACUGGACCGCUGGUGCACUUUCGAAUGCUGCACCUUCAUUGUCCACCUGAAACAAUAUUGAUGACGUCGACUGUGUUCUCAAAUGUGUCAUGUUGUUGUCGACA